AUGCGUCUGUCUCUUCUCACUCUCAUCGCGUAUGGCCUUUCCUUGGCCCAAGGCCUUGCAUUGGACCCAGAAAUCACUUCCGUUGCAUCUGGCACCACUGAAAAUGUGGCUGUGAACGGCAUUGAGCCCAUUCUCGCUCGCGGCGGCAAAUCUGGAGGCAGCUGUCCACUUUUUAAGUUGAAGCGCAAGGGAAAGAACGUCAAGCCCAAGAAGGCGAAGAAAUUCAAGGUUACCAACAACAAACGUGACGUCAUCGUUGAACGUGGGGACGUCACCCCAGUAGAUAUGGGCGAGAUCGACUCUUGGACAUGGCAGAAAGGUGACAUCGCAUACUCGGCUGGCUUUGCGGGGUGCAGUGCACUUGUUCUAUACACCAACACUGCGAUAGUCUUCGCCCAUAUCAAUCCCGAAGACGAGGACGAUAUCAGAACGCCUUUAGCAGAAAUCGUUGCGCAGGCGAAAGAGCUUGGAGUGCAAGGAAGCUCAGCCAAGGGUCGACUAUACGCCCAUACAGACUUGCCUUCCAGAAUUCAGACAGAGAUCGUGAACUACAUCCAGAGAAAGCUGGCUAUCAGGGUGUCCAUCAAACCGUAUGACGCACAGUCUGCAGAUGAUGCACUGGACUUGGUUGUCUCGAACGAUGCUAAUGGCAUCAACUUCGUCUUUGCGAAGGGUGCUGCGUCACGCCUCUAA